AUGAGCGCUGCGCCCAAAGACAGCCAUGACAGCGGUAGGGGCGGCGGGCAAGUCGUCGGUUCGGAACCAUCGUACGCUCAAUCUCAACUCGACAAAUCGACGAGUCCUUGGUACGUGCCGAAUAUCGAUAGACUUUUGAUCCCAGAGGUUCGACAGUGGAGGCACGACCCGGAGAGUGCGGCGAGGAUGUGGGAAGAGGGAGGUCGACUGACAAACACCCAAUGCAUCACGAAAGCUCGUAUGAAGACUUGGAAAGACACGGGUUGGGACGGGAAAGACAUUGAAUUCAUGGACGAUGGGGACAUGGUUCUUGAUUUUGUCGUUACCAGGGUUAGAUGA